AUGGCAAAAUUUAUCGAUAAUGAAAUACUUGUGGCAACAGGACAAAGUGGCCUUACACUAUAUACCAAAGAUGGACAAUUUACCACAUUUAAGUCAUUUUCCCACUUAAAAACUGCAAGUGUUCAUGUAACUAAAGACAGUAAAAUAGUAGUUGGUUUGGUGGAAUAUACUCUCGAUAUAUUUAGAAUUGCAAAAGAAAGUCACAGAAAAGUUGUAAUUAUGAACCUGGAUGGUGACAUACAACAUACAAUUGAAUAUAACAGGGACAAUCAGAGACUGUUAACAUGUCCUUAUAGAAUCAAUAGUUUAAAAGAUAGGAUAGUAGUUGAAGAUAUUAUGAACAAGAAACGGGAGGGGAGGGUUGUAAUGUUUGAUUAUGGGGGACAACUCCAUUGGACCUACAAUGGAUGUAAUAGAAUCAUUUCUGAUCAGGUUAAGUUUUACCCAAGAGAUGUGUCAAUAACCUCUACAGCAAUGAUUUUAAUUUCUGACCAAAUCAAUCAUGCAAUACAUGUAACAACUCCUGCUGGGGAGGUUAUUGUAUGUUAUGAUGUAAAAGUCUUAGGUAUAGAGUUACCUUUCAGUCUUGAUAUUGACAAUAAUGAAGUUUUAUGUAUUGGAUGUGACACAUGGGAGGAAGACAAAAUUAGAAAGGCCAAGAUCAUCUGUGUUAAACUAACUUGA